AUGUGGCUUUUCCGAGGCGCUCAGUCCGCCGUUUUUUACUACGUCACCUGCACUCCCUGCGCCGAAGCCGCCGACCGUCGAAAGCGCAAGAAGGAAGCUAUCCGUGCCCGGUCACUGAGGGAAAAGGAGCAGAGCGAGACAGUUGUCACAGACCAGCCCCGGCCUUUCCUCCAGCCAACCGCCUUCAGUACAAAUCCAGGAUGGGCGGAAGAACUUGCUCUAGGACCAGGACCGCCACCCAGGAGAAGAGGUGUUCAUCGGGCUGCUACACAUCAUCGGGUUGAUAGCUGGGAUACGGGAGCAUAUUCUGGCCAGGACGAUGAACAGGAUGCCGCGCUCACGCCGUCUCAAAGGAUAAGCAAGAUGGGUUCCAAGCACAUUGGUGAUCGCUGGAACCGUAUGAUGCGGUAUCAACGUGAGGACGAACCGCUAUGGGGCGAGGAUGUCGAGGUCAAGGGUUCGUCGGUUGGAAUCUCCGGCCAGGGUAAGGCGGAUUCUCGGACUUCUAGCAAAUACCAUAUCCCUCGCGUGCCGCCGGUCAACGAUCUCCAUCCACCCAUCGUCAGCGGGCCGAAAAGUAGGGCCGAAACGCGAUGGAUGCUUCAGCCUCCGCCCAGCGCCAAGGUUAUGUCUGGAAAGGAGCGGAGCAGUCGCACAGCAGGUCCACCCGUCGAUUACGCCAGUAUGCGAAUGGACAGCGACAAGUCAGCAUCGCGGCGUAGCGUCCAUACUCAUGCGCUCCCACCUUUAGCAACCGAACUCGUCACCGAAUCCCCCGAAUCCUCACCCGCCUCCCCUGUCCGCUCCGCUAAAACACCAAAACCAGCCGAGCAAGACCUCCCCCGUCCACCAUCACCUGCCUUCUAUGCCUAUGGGAGGGACGAGUCUCGUUUCGUCAUAUCAUCACCUAUCUAUUCGGCGUCUGAUUCUUGUUCCACUCUUUCCUCAGGUGCUGAGACAGACGAAUCGCCCAGGAACUCAUUUCACUCGCCCGAUACGCCUGUAUCGCGGCCCAUGUCCAAAGACGCCAACACUAGCCUCGAAGCUUCACGUCCUGCGAUUUCGAGGGCUCUGACCUCAAUACAUAAGGGCGACCACAAAAACGUUCAUAUGCUGCAUCUUGAGAUCCAAGAAUCCAAUGAUCUCGCGGUAGGCCAAGUCGAGCGAGUACGCCCAUGGCGGUGGAGCAUGGAGUUCUAA